AUGUCCGAUGAUGAGUCGACCGGCGAAUCUAUUCCGUACGAAGAUGCUUCCGUAGCUAAGAGGCCGGUAAAGGAGGAGAAAGACGACGACAAUGAAGACGACGAGGACGAUGAAGAAGAGGAGGACGUAUACCACGUCGAGAAAAUUGUCGGCCAUGAAUGGGGAAAGAAGGGUCAGCUGCUUCUUCAGGUGAAAUGGAAAGGAUAUGAUGACCCUGCCGAUGAGACGUUUGAACCGGAGGAGAAUCUUGAUGGUGCGAAAGACGCGGUCAAAGAGUACUUCGACAAAAUCGGUGGUCGUCCAGAGAAGCCUCAAUCCAAGAAGCGCAAGUCCAUGGUGGGAAGACCCCGAAAGUCAACAACCCCCGAAAAAUCACAACCGAACAAGCGGAGAAAGUCCCGCGCAAAUGACUCGCCAGAAGUGCAGCCCGAAGAGGAUAGUGACUCGAGCGCAUGGGCGCCCAAAUCUAAGAACUGGGAGAAGGAGGUGGACAAUGUCGACACAAUCUUCCGCGAGCCGGGCACGUCGAAUCUGCUUGCAAUCCUAAACUGGAAGAAUGGCAAAAAGUCCAAGGUCCUCAUUGGAACUUGCUACGAACGAUGCCCUCGAAAGAUGCUUGAAUUCUACGAGUCUCAUUUGGUCUUCAAAGAAGGUUGA